AUGAAGGUCCCCUUUUCUUUGGUGGUCCCAGAACAGAUGCUCGAGCUCGCUGUGCGUGACAGCGAGCUCGAAGGUUCGGGCGAUGGCCGUGUGCCGGCAGCAUUCAAAUGCAUGUCACCAAUACUGCCUGUCGUGUCCGGUUCAAGUGACACGACGAUCCAGGUGUGGGAGAUGGCAACUGGCGAGGCAGUGGGUGCCCCUUUCCGAGGGCACACUGAUUCUGUUUUUUCUGUUGCAAUCUCGCCCGAUGGCAAACACAUAGUGUCUGGGUCAUCCGACAACACCAUCCGGGUAUGGGAUAUAGAAUUUCUCAACCGGAACCACCCUUCCACACCUGCAAUGUGUUUUUCACCUAACUCAACCCACGCUCUUCAUUCCGCCUCCUCCUUUCUCGAAGAAACACUAUCCCCUUAUGGUCCGAACGAGGAGGGAUGGGUUGUAGGUCCCGAAGGACGGCUUCUUCUCUGGAUUCCACUCAAUUUCCAUCCGGUGAUGUAUGCCCCAGGCAACACGCUGGUGAUACCCAACAACGCCUUGCAGUUGGACUUAAGUUGCCUUGCACACGGCACGUCUUGGCAUGAGUGUCGGACACAGGACGUAGCGUCAUCUUCGUGAUAAAGAUCUGUCAGUCACUCCAUGGG